CAGUGUAGACCAUGUGGGACUACGACUCCGGGAAUGGUCUCAUGGAUGCUGGGAGUUAUAAUUGCACACCAGCUGUAGCGUUCUGAUGCCUUUCCUAAGUUCUCCAUCUAGACGUAAUGUUAUGUUACAUUGCAAUAGGACUACAACCACCAACCUGCUAAUGCAUGCAGCCAGAAGUGGAGCUUUCGGUGGUUGUAGUCCUGUGGUUUAAUCUGUGACUCCUGGUUUGCAUGAUGUGAUGUCAUAACACAGUGACCAUGAUGUAAUAAACCUGGUGCCCUGGGAUGCUGUCAUUUCCAAAAAAUGUCUUACGUUUUGAUUGGGGGAGAGGGGGGCUCAGCCAAUAGCAGGCUGCGACGGGGACGCUCGUACCCAUCGUGACAUGCCAUUGGCUGCCUCCAGCGAACCAAACCCGUAGCCGUGUCCGACUGGGCCAGAAUCGGUAAACUCCGGCAGGUUGUUCUGACGAAUCCGUUAAAUGGAGACGUGACCCUACCCUAAAGGGCUCUUCCUUCUUUUCCAUUCUCAGGUUGUGACGGUGUGGUAUUAUCUGACCAGUAUGCGCCCGGAUCCACCAGACGGAGCAGAUGCAGAGCUCGCUGUGGUCCCGGAUCAGGUCCAUAUUGCCUCCUAGACUUGAGGAGUUCCCUCGGGAGCUGGGCCCGGAGGCGGAUGGAGCCAUUGCGCUAUGUAUGAAGGAGGCGGCGGCCUGUAUCUAUACGCCCGACCUGGGGCGAUGUGGACAGCUGGGGGAGCUGAUGAUGGACUACAGCUGGGAGAAGCUGAAUGGCUGUAACUGGAGGGACGUGUCCCGGGACUGGAGGACUGUCUAUUCCUACGGCUGCCUGUUUAAGGUGGUCGGAAGCUGUGCGGGGCUGGCGUUCAAUAAGGAGGAAGCUCUGCGCGUGUGCGACAUGUCGUUACUCCUCGGGGCUGAGAUCAUGAACAACGCGAUAAGUAGAAUUAUCCAAAUUCUGAGUGAUCCCCUCUCCAAGGACACGGUGGAGCCCCCGGAGUGUGCAACAGUCCCGACCCACGAAAGACAGAAGAGGCAGAGAGAUACUCAAGGAAAUGAGUCGGAAAGCGAACCAAAUGGCAAAAUCGCUGAGAAAAUACCCCGUCCGCUGACCCCGGCGCUGCAUGUAGAGACCACCAUACCAACUGUCCGCUGUCCCUCGCUGGAGCACUUCAGACACAAUUACCUGAUUCCUCAGAAAGCUGUAAUACUGGAGGGGGUCAUUGAUCACUGGCCGUGCAUGAAAAAGUGGAGUGUGGCGUACCUACAGAAAGUGGCGGGUUGUCGUACUGUACCCGUGGAGCUGGGAUCCAGGUACACCGAUGCAGAAUGGUCUCAGAGUCUAAUGACUGUGAAUGAAUUCAUUAAUAAUUAUAUUCUGGAUCAGACGGCUCGCAGGGGAUACCUCGCUCAACAUCAACUAUUUGAACAGAUACGUGAACUUAAGGAAGAUAUCGGUAUUCCGGAUUAUUGCUGCCUCGGGGAAGGAGAUGAAGAUGACAUCACUAUUAAUGCUUGGUUUGGACCAGCAGGAACAGUGUCUCCUCUUCAUCAAGACCCUCAGCAAAACUUCCUGGCACAGAUUGUAGGCAGAAAGUACCUCCGUUUAUACUCUGUGCGUGAGACAGAGCGUCUGUACCCAUUUGAUAGCUCCCUUCUCCACAACACCAGCCAGGUCGACAUUGAAAAUCCAGACACGGACAGGUUCCCUGACUUUGCACAGGCCGUUUACCAAGAGUGCAUCCUGUGCCCUGGGCAGAUCCUCUUCAUCCCAGUGAAAUGGUGGCAUUACGUUAAAGCUCUAGAUAUAAGUUUUUCUGUCAGUUUUUGGUGGUCUUGACCAUGGAUCAUUACUUAAAGGGGUUAUACUGGAAAAGAUA